AUGGACGAAGUAUGCCUCAGCAAAGAAAACGUGGGUCGAUUGCGAGACCUUGGAUUUAAAAAUGUGGCUGCCGUUGUUCUACUGCCCAGCGUCAGGCUUGAGGCUGCUACAGUUGCUCCGUGUGAUGUGAGCAUCUUGGCCGAGACGACGAUAGUUCGAGCAGUGGAGAAUUUCCCUAAAGUUUCCAGUAACGAGACCCGUCUUGACAUGCUACUCCAAAUUUUUGCCUGCCUUGUUCUACAGCCAGCCAUCGCCAGAUGCAGCUCCGAGGGAGCGGACAUUGAUGUUCAUGACACUGAAAGCAUCCCACUAGAUAUGGGCCAACCUGACAGCUUAAAUUCCUCCAUGAAUAGUUCUGACUUGCUGCUCUACGAUAGCCUUACUCAGACUUUGGCAUUGCAGAUCCUAUGGAACAGAGGUACACUAGCUGUCACAGCUUAUGCAGACCCUGGCGAUUUAUGGACAACCGAAACUGCGGCUCGUCUCGCGCAAAGGAUUCUAUCUCUACAGCUUUCCGGACAGGGACUGACCAACUUUAUCAUCGGGCCCGUUUUAAACCAACAUGUCCGACUGAUUCUUUCAUCACCAACUGGUGGUGACCCUUCAGCCAAUUCCAGAGCGUCUGGGUCUGUAGCUGCGUUGGACUUAGCAGAGUAUGAGAAUGCUGCUGCGGUACUGAAUUGGGCGAUCAGGAUGACCGAGAGUCCUGAUAUCGGAAAAUACUGGCAUCGCUUUGUGCCAGCGCUGGUCAACUUGGCGGAAAGCCGCGAAAUGUCCGUUAGAGAGGGAGGGCUUAAGGCGAUUAUCUCGUUCCUGGCAAAGUGCCCAUCAUCCGCGAUAUAUACCACCGGAAUGGACCAGCUUUUCGAGCGCACGAUCCUACCCACAUUACUUCUUCUUCCAACUGCGACACCAGAAAAGGACUCGGUGACUCUGCUAAGGCUAGGAUAUACGGCUGCGCUGCAGCUGGCAACCACUAGUGGAGAUUCUCACAACGCCAAUAGACGGCGCAUUUUAGAUAUGAUAAUCCGUGAUGGAAUACUAGAAGGGUUCCGCCAUGCGGCGGAUUAUAUAUCUGUAGUCGACGUCUUGAUGCAAUAUGUAGCAGAAGUGGUUUCUUGUCUCGGAAUAUUCUCCAUUAAACACCUGAAAGUAAGUCUCACAAUAUUCUCUACAAUAUGCAAUGCCUCUGACUACGAGGAUUUCUUACAGGACCUUUUGGACGUCAUCGAAUCUGUCAUUUGUGAUCCGUUUGGUGCAGACCACCCUGGAGUGUUAACAUCCGCGGCCGAAGCUCUAAUAGUUAUUAUGACCAACUGUUGGCCUAGGAUAUCCAACACAAAACGUGUGGAGCAAAUACUGCGGAUUCUUGGCGUCUGUUGGCUAAACAUGAACAAUGAAGCCUCUCAAUCAAUUCACGAGGGGAGCAUGCCGGUUCUCAAGUCCCGCAUCCUUCAAGCGGCAGGGCUGGUACGAUUCUUCGCACAAACCAAUGCAUCGGAAAUAAAUAGAACUUCAAGAGCCGCAGUUUUACGUGAUCGCCGGCUACAAGACAUUUUAAUGCAAUAG